UUUAAUCUGUUUGUUGUUUAUUUUGAGUUCUCUAACAAUUUUUUCGGAUUAUCUUUCUUGUUCUUCUGCUGUUUUGGUUUUUUUGAAGUUGACGUUGCAAACGACACUAUAAGGUUUAGUGUAUGUACUUGGUUGUUCGCAGUUUCUUUUUCUUUGCAACCUUGUGGUCUUUCCUCUAACUUGUGAGCAGUAGUAUUCUCAAGACUUGUUAGGUUUGUUUGGAGCUAGAUACAGCAGCGAAGAGUGGUUUUUGACGCUGGAAGAAUAUUUGUAGACAAGUUUAUUCCAAGAUCCUGUUUCAUACUGCUUUUAGUCAAGACUACUUUUUUUGCCAUGAAAAUUCGAAUGUUUCUUUUCCAAGAGUGUACAAAAAACAUAAUGAUGAAAUAAAAACGAACACUGACUAUUCCCCAUUCACGUCAAUCAUGGAGAAAACAGUAAGAGAGGCAAGUAAAACUACUUUCGAUCGUCAGUUGAAUGACUACGCCAUAUCUUCCAAGACUUGCCUCGAAAUUGGACAUCACUAAUUAUUUCUCUUUCUGAUCAUGAACCUUUUUUCUUUGAUAGUGAGAAGCACUUGAGAUUGCAAUAAUUCCAUUUCUUUGUACGUGUGUGUGUGUGUGUGUAAGUUGGUCUUUCUAAGAGCUGAUUGAUCGACAUUGGAUUUUGUGUUGUCGAUAUUGUUUUAGAGAAAGGAAUGGAAGCUCACUUAAGAAAAAUACGUCGUAGAAACCGUAUUGUAUUUGCUGGUUGUACUGUAUUUGUUACUGUUGUUUAUGCAGCCACUAUGAUUAGGAUGAAACAAACAGCACCAGGAAAUUUGGAGGAAAUGGAACCAUUACCUCCUGAAGAAGAUGAAGAAGAAUCACAGAACAAAGGUGUCGUUGAUAAGAACGCACAAGGUUGACUACAAAAGACAACUGUUACUCAAAUAAAUCUUACAUAGCUAGG